AUGAACUUUCAAUAUCCACAAACAAACCUGGUAAAAGACCUUUCUAUAACAGGUUCACAUGAAGAGUUCUGGACGUUUUCUCAAGUAUCUCAAUGGGGUACUCACUGGAGAUAUUCUUCCCUUGAACAAGAUAAAGAUCAUCUUCAACCGGUACUUAAUACAGUCAUGAAAGCUCGAACAUUAGGCAAUAAGCAUCAGUGCAAACCAAGACUAAUUCAUUACGCUCAACUUUUAAUCUGGCGCUUUUAUAACAAAGAAAAAUUAUCUGAUUAUCAUCCAAACUUGAUUUUACCGCUUGCUUUUGACUGUGCUGCACAGAUUCUAGAAGUAGAAUCUCCAAAGCAAUUAAUUGCUCAGGAUUUGGCGGCUUCAGGUCAAAUUGAAAACAAAAAUAAAAGUUCCGAGUUUGGACUUCACUUCGCGCUUGUAACUUCUCUCGAUUACAAUAUUCGUAUUCAUCACCCAUUAGAUUAUAUCUGCCAGUUCAUUAAUGCUAAUUUUACCCAAGAUGAAAUGAGAUUAGCAGAAAUAAUUAUUUCUGACUCUUUCUUGAUACCGUGCUGCCUUGUACACCGCCCUGCAGCUAUCGCUGAGGGAGCAGCAAUUAUGGCUGCCGGAAUGCUGGAUCGUCCCGAUUCAGUUAUACCAAGAACAUCAAAAGCCUUAUCUUUCAUUCAAGAUAUGAAGUGCUUCUACAAACAAAAGCAGAAACAUUAA